AUGUCACGCCGGAAACAGAAGCGUCCCCAGCAUCUCGUUAACGCGGAUCCGGGGGGCCCAAAACUACUUGCUCACGAUGACCACCUGGGGAUGAAGUCACCCUCUACAUCUCUUGGCUCUGAAGUAACCUCAUCCGGAUCAUCGUCCUCAUCUCCCACCUCCAUUCAGGACUGCCAGCCGCCUCUGGCCCCACGCCCGUCCCCCGGUGGGCUCCACGCGCCAUCUUUGCCCAGCGAGAGCUCUCCUCCUCCUCAUUGGCCCAACAACAUUGCACCCUUCACCACAUCUCUGCCCAACACGCACUCCUCCCUCUCCCCGGAUUUCCCUCACCCCUCUCUCUCUUCCCAAACUCACUCGCCACCUGCCUUGGGUCAAACCUCCAAUUGCAAUCAAGGAAACUCCCAUUCAUCCAUGACGUCCCCACCAAUAGCCAGCUCUGCCAUGACCACAACUUCUUCAUCUUCUUUAUCGUCUAAUUCUGUGCCAUCCCACCAUGACAGCACAAGUCCUGGACCGCUGCAAGCAUCCGACUCUCCAGGACAGGACCACCUCCAAGUGCCCCCAACGCUGGCAGUGCUUUUGGAGGAGCUACGAGUGUUACAACAGCGCCAAAUUCACCAAAUGCAAAUUACAGAAGAGAUAUCUCCAAUUACCACAACCAGCCAUUCCCAAGACCUCCAACCCAGCUCCUCCCUGGGCUCUGCAUCUUCAUCUGCACGCCCCCAACACGUGUGCCGCUUCUGUGGGAAAGUCUUAAGCAGUGAUUCAUCGCUUCAGAUCCACCUGCGGUCCCAUACAGGAGAGCGUCCCUACCAGUGUCCAGUCUGCUUGAGCCGUUUCACAACCAGGGGAAACCUCAAAGCUCACUUCCUGCGCCACCGAGAGCAAAAUCCAGAAUUGUCACUCUCUCUUUUGCCACCGGCGCUUUCAGAGCAAAUAGUGACCGCUCCCAGUGCUGUUCACAGGAGGCGCAAAAGGAGAGCAGAGGAUGAGGAGGGUUAUAAUGGAGUCAAGGGGAGUAUUCCUGGGAUGACAGACAACAUGGCUUUGGGUUUCCUAUCUGGAGGUUCAUCACGGUCCUCGCCUUCCUCUCUACCAUUGCCGCCUUCUGUUGAUAUGGCACUACUCUCCACGGCGCAUUCACUUCUACAGUUGAACCGGGCCUCGGUAGCAGCCAGUGCUUCUACAACUGCCUCUUCAUCUACGUCCUCCUCGCCAUCAGCAAGGAGCGCAAAACAGCAGCGGUUUGAUGAAAACACGCCUCCACACAGCAGCCUGCAGUCCCCAUACUCCCAGCUGGCCCAACUUCCCAAAAUUCUCUUCCCGGGCGGUGCCUCUCCUCACCAUCUUGCACUUCUUAGACCUCCAGGCCAUCUAGCUGGCCCCCACCAACUGCCGUUCCCGUUCCCUCCAUUUCCUAAGCCAUCAACCUCCUCUGGCUCUCCUGCUACCUCGAACCAAACCUCAGACACCUCCAAGUUGCAGCGACUGGUUCAGAAACUUGAGAAGCAGCCACAAGGGGGUUCUUCUGCUACCUCCUCACAAACAGCUGAAGCCAAUGGUGGAGCUAAUGGCCAGGACCUGUCAACUAGUGCAUAUCGAAGAGAGAUGCUAGCAGCUCUUGGUCUUAGUCCAAGUGUAAACGCCACCGGUCAGGGAGGCUCAAGCAGUGCGCAUUCUCUUCCCACUGCACCUGCUCCUAACCAAUGUGGAGUCUGCUUUCGCGUCCUUAGCUGCCCCAGGGCCUUGCGUUUGCAUCAAGCCACACAUUUAGGAGAACGUCCCUUUCCUUGUAAGGUGUGUGGUCGUUCCUUCUCCACAAAGGGCAGCCUGAGAGCUCAUCUUGCCACUCAUCGUUCACGUCCACCAAAUGCCCGUGCACUAAACUCAUGCCCGCUGUGCCCCCGCAAGUUCACAAAUGCUUUGGUCCUUCAGCACCACAUCCGCUUGCACCUUGGAGGCCAAAUCCCACCUGAUGAAGAGGUGCUGCUAGAAGAUAGCCUGGAUACAGAGAAUGCUGCUUUGGUUGAUAGUGUUAAUGACAUGUCAUCUAAAGACCAGGUUCUUCCUCUGGCAUUAACAAAAGGCCCACGAUCUCCUGUUACUUCAGGGUCUAAGGAUGCUUCUGAUCCCACAUCAAUGCAGGAAUGUGAAGGUUCAGCUUUAAGUGUUAGCUCACCUCUGACCCAAAACCCCUCCUUAGGAGGAGCAGAGGACCCCCCGGUGGAUGUUAGCCCUAUAGACAGUUCUCUAUACUCUGAAGAGGAGACAAAUGCUGAAAUAGGCAGCAUUGGUUCAAUUAAUGCACCUCCAGAAAGUACAAAUACAACUAUUGAAGAUGCUCCUCUGUCACUCUGUGUUGCCAAAUCUACAACAGAGAACGAAAAGAUUCUCAAAGAUGUUAGUAACAAUGAAGAAGUGAGUGCUGUAAAAGAGCCCGCCAUUGCUACAUCACUCACCCCUCCUGCUAGUCCCAGCACCAUCACAGAAUCUGUAGAAAAGGCAGAGAAGGAAUCCUCCACAAAUGAGAUCAAGGCAGAGGCUCAAAAAUCACAAGAGGACAGUCCUACAGAAAGCAGUAGCAGCACGGCCGUGCCCCCACCAGCACAGCCUGCCCGGCUGGAUAAGCCCUACAGCUGCUCCCAGUGUGGCAAAGCUUAUGCAAGCAGAAGUGGACUAAAGGGACACAUGAGAAGCCACCCCGGAGUCACCUUGAGCACCCCGACCAAGGUUCAGCCAAAUGAAACUAAGGAAGAGCCCAACGCAGGCUCUGUCAAACCGGUGCAGCUGGAUAAAAAGCAGAGACUCGCACUGAGCUCUGACUCCUGGGACAAGCCACUUCAAAGCUGGAGGAGGCGUCAAACACCUCACGUGCCACUACUCCAGUGCUACAAGGCGAGGUGGCCACACACAAUGGCUGACUAA